CUUUGGGUUGAUUGGGGAGCACAGGGAGAGAGGUGAUGGCGGGGUAAUUGCUGAGCUCGCUCGGCAAUAUCUCGGGAUUUCCGCUAUACACACGUGAUGAUACACCCUUCGUUGUUUACCUACAUAGAAGGUAUUUAUUGACAGCAUAGCUUACAAUACGUUGCUCCAACUGUGUUUCUUCAGUUCUGGCCUGAGAUAACCAGAUCUGUCGUGAUUCAGUCCUGAAAUGGAUAUCUUGGGCAAGUUCAUCGUUGUCCUUGCCAGCUUUUGAUAUACUCGUGAUCACAACAUCAAAGACAACAAUGGCAAAAGUAUUGGAGGAUAGCGACGAUGAGUUCCCAGAUCUUGCGGAAAUCAUACAUCGCAAGGUCGCAUCUGGAAAACCUGCACCGUCAGGAUCCUGUCUCGCCAAAAAAGCCAAAACAGCGGACGAUUCAUUCGCCGCCCCAGCGAACGAUAGGCCUACUCGGGGCAGGACUGGGGACUCUAGAACCAACUCGAAGAAGGGAGAGGGCACCGAAACUGCACAGUCGAGGCCUAGGAAACGUAUUUUAAAUCAGACCACUGAUAAUACACUGUUACGUCCGCUGGCCAAUUCCACUCCAAACAGAAGUAGAUCCCAUGGCAUGGGAACGUCACCAGCAAAGACUGAAGUACAAAAACAAAAAUUGUCCAGGCAUCAACCAUCAAAUGGGUUUUCUUAUGAUAGAUUACAACAAGACGCCGGCAGCGAGUAUGACGUUGAAAGCCAACCUGGCGGAUUGCCCAAGGCUGUGAAGAGGACAGCUCGAAAUCCCAAAGCAGCCAAAUAUAUGGUUAUCGCUUUCGAAUCGGACGAGGAGGACUACCAAGGGACUUCUGGAGUUUCAGACUUCAUUGUCGGUGACAGCUCUUUUCUAGACGAGAAAUCGGCCGUAGAAGCAUCCCCCCCAAGACCUGCCAGAAAACUGGUGCAGGGAAGAGGGCGGCCGAUCAAAUCCGGAAGUUCUGAUUCUGAGGAUCUCGGGUGUCGUAUGAACAAGCUGAACGUCGACGACGAUGUUUUCCCAGAUUCCAAGAAGGCUACACGAGACUUAGAGGACUUCGUAGAGAAUCGAGGUGUUUUGGAGCCUUCAACAGGGGCAUUGAACAGUAACAGUGAAGGUACCUAUUCAAAGAGACCAAAAGCAAGCAAGACCAUCCCGGAGUCCGACUUAUUGACCUCUGACGAAGAAGAUCCCUUCAUACUCAGCUAUUCACCUUCCGAGAACAAGAUCAGAAAUGGAGCUAAAGAAACCCAAUUUGUAACACCGCCUGGAAGCCCAGAUUUAAAGCCCAACCGACUGCAAUCUCCAAGGAAGCAAUUCCCUCGCAUCCCAUCAACUCCUCACAGACCGAGUAUGGAUGAGUUCUGGCAACAGGACGUGGUGAAUGAUUGGAAUGACGAGUAUUCACCUCAAAAGAACUCAGCUCGUAAGUCAAAGGCUAGUGAAGAUGCCAGACGAGCAGGAUCACCCAAGAAGAGGCCUGUCAAGCAAGGUGGAGCAGCAAGGGAAGCCAAGAAAGCAUUCUCGCAAUCAAAAAAUUCACUCGCUGAAUCCUUUCUGAUGGAGCUGGACACCAAGAUCACCAACGGAGAAAUAUCCAAGCUAUCUGCUUCGACCGGAGGUGUCAAGAUCAUCUGGAGCAAGAAGCUCAACACAACUGCUGGCCGCGCAAAUUGGAAACGAGAAACCAUCAAGUCAUCAGCAAGUGCCUCUGACGGGAAAACAACAUAUCGACAUCACGCGGCUAUCGAGUUGGCAGAGAAAGUCAUCGAUGACGAGGAACGCCUCUUGAAUGUUAUAGCUCACGAGUUCUGCCACCUUGCGAACUUCAUGGUCAGUAACAUUAAGACGAAUCCUCACGGCAAGGAAUUCAAAGCAUGGGCAGCAAAGUGCUCUCGACACUUUGUAGACAGGGGCAUCGAGGUAACGACAAGACAUAAUUAUGCCAUCGACUACAAGUACAUUUGGGAGUGUCAGAGUUGCGGUACGGAGUUCAAACGCCACAGCAGAAGCAUCGAUCCGACGAGACACCAGUGUGGGAGCUGCAAAAGCAAGCUGGUGCAGACAAAACCUUUGCCACGGGCUAAUACCGGGACGGCGAAGUUCAGCGAGUAUCAGCUCUUCAUGAAGGAGAACAUGAGGAGACUCAAAGAAGAAAAUCCUCAGAGUCCACAGAAGGACAUCAUGGGACUGGUGGGGAAGGAAUAUCAGCUGUACAAAGCUGCGAAACUUGGCGGCGGCGGAGGAGAGACUACGAAGUCUAUCAGCGUCGAUGAGGUCACGGAGAGCCAAGGGGGAAUUCCAAGUGACGAUGUCGGAGCUGUCGUUAGAAAGCUUGACUUUCUGGAUUUGACAAGUCCGUGAACAGAAGAUAUAUGGCGCGCCAGGAGAGUCAUCAUUAUUCCAGCCGAUCUUACUACCCAUUGAACUGCCAUUCCCAUUGUCAUAACCGCCGAAACAUGAAAUCAACUCGCUCUGGACGUCAUCGAGUGAAAAAUAGCAAAAAUCGUAAUAGCCACGCAGCCGUUGACUCAUAGGUCACAACUACUAUCCCUAAACUUCUUUGAAAAGACCCCAAUCCUUGAUCUUAAAUGUCUCCCAAAUCUUCGCCGCAUACUCUACCGCAUUCUCAAUCAGCUUUCCCUGCUUGCCCAUCUGCAUAUCGAUUUCCUCUUCCGUGUACUCGCCCUUGAUAUGCGGGACAUUGAUUGUAACAAGCACAUCUGUCGAUUCUUGCUCCAAUCUGAUGAGUGUGAGAACAAUGGCGGUGAAAUCCGGGCUCUUAGAACCAGGUUUCGGAGGCGGUGUUUGUGUGGCGAUGAGUGUAUAGGCUGGAAUUCCUUCUCUGAAGAUGAAAAAAUCAGUGGACCCCACGUGACGAGGCUGUGCUUGAUAAUCGAUCUCCAAGGGAAAAGACUCACGGGAGUUUAGAGAAUUGUGUGUUACUCGUAUUCCAGACUUUGACAGUAUCAUCGUCGGAGUCUACGAUAUCUUCUAGGUGCGUGGUUAAGGCUGCACCGUCAACAGCUGGUCCUGUGCCUGGCAGGCCCACGCGUUCCGUGAUGUCGAAGAUGAUACUUGUGAAGCCAUCUUUGUCGAGGUAGACCUCCUGAUGAUCUGGGACUUGACGGAUCGUGCUGUGCUUGUUUGUUAGUGUUUACCCCUUCGGAUAUGAGGACGUCAUGAAACCCUGCAUACCUGACGUCGGCGAAGCUGGCCGGUAUAUCCACGAUGAGAGCUCCUCCGAAGAGUGGCGUGCUGGAAAAGGUGGUCAUCUCUGCUUCCUUCUCAUCGAUUUUGCUUGUCUUUCUGGGAGCUCGGGGCGCGGAACUGCUCUGCUCUGCGUUUGAACAAGAUUGAAUGACUUUGUCGGGCUCUGGAGGCGUUCUUGUCUUGUGUGCCUGAAUCCGCUGGCCAACGACGAUGAUCCUCCCAGCUGCUUGCCAACUCAGCCUUGCACAAACUGGUACGAGUAGAAUGAAAGAGCCGACGGUAAUUGGUCGGAAACAAGGCUACAACCGCGGCCUGCCCCCAGGGCCCAUCUCCCGUACUCAGUACCUAGGAGUGUGUAUGGGUGAGCGAGAGCAGUGGGAGUUCUGAGCGGUGCCUCGCUUGAAACUGGCAGUAUCUCGGCCCAGAGAAAAUUCGGACAAAAAAAGAUCGAAAUUCCUUCAGAUAAGUCGGAACCCGGACGGAAAGGUGGACUAAUAAGAGACAAAAAGUGAUCAUCUGGAUAGCCAGAAUUUGGGUUUCAAAGAUUGGUGGAAUGGAGUAUUUUGGGCAUGAGCCACGGUCAUCUCUGGUAAAAGGCAAGAAAUGAAUUCUGAACUAGCUUGUCCCACUCCAGGCAUUAAAAUUGAUUAUUUGGGUAGAUAUACAGCACAAUGCACUUCCCACAAGUUCCUCUUGAUACGCAAUCAAUGACCUCGAUGCAGAAUAUAGAUUGCCGCGACUGAUUCUAGACAGAUUCUACAUUUAUUGAGGCGUGUUGAUGUUUUGUUUUUAAGGUAUCAUAGUUUCUGUCUAAUUCUCAUGGACAACU